AUUUGACAGCGCUCACUGGAAACAUACGUAUCGAUAUUAACGUUAAAAGUCACAUGCGGUUCUUAUCCAAUCAGACCCGUCCUUACAAUUGUACCUGUUUCCACCGAAGCCAAUAGCGUGUCGAGUCUGGCGAUGAGAAAGACUGAAUGAGUUAACACCAGGUUAUCGUGUAGAUUGUGUCGAAAUGUGACGGGUCCUCAACACGAGAUUUUAACUGGCCCAAAUGUGUCUGUUUUCAUCGUAUACGGAGUUCGUUCGAUCGCUAUGGUGGACCUACCUGUACUUUAAGUGAAAAUGAGGUUUUCUCGUUGGAGUUUCCAAGGCUGGAUAACACUAAUAGGAGUUCUUGUGUUAACAUGGACCCCAUCGUUUUCUCUCGACAGCUGGAUGCACCUGGGUGUGUCGUCUCUAGCCGCUGUCCCCCAGGACCGUGGCACGUGUAGCUCUGUCCCGGGGCUCGUGGAUUUGCAACAACAGGAAUGUCUUAAAAACCCGGAGUCUAUACUGUGUGUUAGUCGAGGCGCCAAGGCGGCCAUUUCAGAGUGCCAGAAGCAAUUUAAAUUCGAACGUUGGAAUUGUACGACUUCUCAGAACUACAGUGUGUUUGGACCAGUUUUGAAGAAAGGUACAAGGGAGACAGCGUUUAUAUACGCCAUUUUGAGUGCUGGAGUUGUGCACGCAGUGACAACAGCUUGUAGUCUUGGCAACUUGACGGACUGUUCGUGUGAUACGUCACGGUACGGUGAACAUACAGUGGAGGGGUGGAAGUGGGGAGGGUGUAGUGACAAUAUACACUAUGGAGUGUCGUUUAGUAAACGCUUCGUCGAUGCCCCGGAGACGCUGAUGCAUCAAAGUUCGCAGAAUCUCCGAAAUAAAAUGAAUCUACACAACAACGAAGUUGGACGUCAGGUCAUACAGGGGUCAAUGAAACUUCGGUGUCGUUGUCACGGUGUGUCUGGAUCAUGCGCAGUGCAGACAUGUUGGAAAAGUCUACCGGACUUCCAGCAGAUUGGCGAAAAACUGAAAACGAAAUAUGAAUGGUCAGUAAGAAUUGCAAGAAGAGCACGAAACAGACUUCGACGUCGGGACAAGACCAAACGGAAACGUCCAGUCGAGGCUGACAAUCUAGUAUACGUCCACCGGUCCCCGAACUACUGUCGACCGAACCCUAAAAAGGGCAUUCUGGGAACACGGGGUCGUUUGUGCAACAAGACAGUGAGUGGUCCAGAAAGCUGUGACCUACUUUGUUGUGGGAGGGGCUAUAAUACUCAAGUGCUGAGGCACGUGGAGCGCUGUCACUGUAAAUUUAUAUGGUGUUGUGACGUACAGUGUAAAAAAUGUGAAACGCUCAUUGACAAAUACACAUGUAAAUGAUAUUGACAUGUGAAGGUGAGGGACACUUGUUAAAAAUGUGAUUCAGGGCCCAAUAAGUACUUACCAUGUCUUUUACGACACCACAAAGGAUUUGCUGUCAUUUGUGAAAACGACAAAACACGCGGACAUAUUCAGUAAUAUACGUGUAGUGAAAACAGCAACAACCAACGUCAACCGGAUAUGUUUCAGCGGAUUUAAUGCCAUGAAGAUUAAAAUAACAUGCUCACCAACUUGUUGCCGUCGAUGGAUAAUUUGAUAUAUUGAGAAAAAUGUAAAAAUUUGUUUUACUUUGUAAUUUAAUCUAGAAUGUAGCGUCUCAAUUAGGGCAAUGAUUGUGUUGAUCAUGAAGGUUUUUUUAUUCGUUGGUUAUUUACAAUUUAUAUAGUUUGUAUUUUUUCUCAAUGACCACUAUCGAAAUAUCACAUGGAACCAUCAGUACAUAGGCACUGUGCACGUGAGCUCGUGACUGCACGCAAUCUGUCAGGAGAUCAAGGGAAUAUAUUGUGUUUUAUCUCUACUGAUGACGCGACAUUCUCAUUAAGGAUGCAUGCCACCGUUGCAAAUCUAUACUCUCGUGAUUUUUGCAGAAGUUAUCUCCCUUAUUUUAAAACAUUUGUAAGCAUUAACGUAUAAUGCAUAAUUACGAGUGGUAUAAUCAAUAAUAAACAUUGGUUUGUUUUGCACCUGUCAUCAAUUUAACGAAGAUUAUCAUUCACUAAUAUUUCGUAGGAUUCAUUUGUAUAAAUUGUUUCAACAUCCAUGGAUACAUUUCUAAGUUAGAAUGUUGUCAUCAGUUAUUUGUUUACAUUUAUUUGAUGAAAAAAAAAAUGAAAAAAGUAAGAUUGUUCAAGACUUUGCUGAUUGGAAUUAAUGUUAAUUCUGUAAGUAGAAAACAUCUUUGAACGAAACCUAUUUUGUCCUUCUGCGGCAAAAUGUCAAUACAAGUUCUUAUAAUUCACUUUUGAAAAAAAAAGAAAGAGACGUUUUAUACGAGCUUCUUCCAAUUUAGAUUAAGUCGAUCCUCCAAUUUAAUUAAUUAUAUGCCGAGCAUUGCAAUUAUCAAAGUAAAUCUAAUUAAUGUUUAUUCAAUUUGAAAUAUGUUGUUGAUUGUGGUGUAGUCAUGAAAGCUCUAAACAAACAAGCGUUUGCUUUAUUACUUUGGAGAAACAAUUAUCGCGUUUUACUGCUGUAUCUAUGUCAAGCUGAGACCUUAUUGAAAGGACUGGGUAUCGGGUGUAACAGACUCAUGUCUAUCCUUCAGGAGUUUGUUUGUGUCCAGGGAGAUACUUGUCUGAUCAAAUCAAACUAAACCACAAAUAGUCUUUACGAGAUCCACUUCAUUUUCAUCUCAAACAACUGUUUUUAUCAUACAGAUAAAGGAUAUUAUACCCCUGUAAUUGACUUGGAAUCUACGCUCUGCAAGCGGAGAGCAAUUAACAUGUGUAACGCUACCAGUUUUAUUUGGCAUCGGCAUUACACAUAGCAAGUUGUGAUCAAAGACAGCGAGUAAUGACUUCUCCAGUUAUUAUAACAUAAAGCCGGGGAAUCUCUCUCCGGCUCACAACAGUUGUUUAGACACUGCCUUUGAAACGCGUUUAGCCCUAGUAAACCUACAUGGUUUAUGUCUUCGGAGAAUCUUUCUGUAUUAUCCGUUCUAGUCAAUUGGAAAACCGACGGGCGAGAAAACGAACUUAGCUGAAUUGCAUUUUUCCAGUUGUAAAGUUUUACUUUUGAAAUUAUAUAUCUAUAUAAUGUAUACAAACAGACUGAGAAAAAAUUACCUUUUUUUCUUGUUGCAAUGUACCAAUUAUGCAUUCGAAUUGGAGUGGAUGGGCGUCCGACUAACCGGCAGCAUAUUCCCUAGCGACAGCUAACGGACACCAGUCGUUAAUAACGGAACUUCUCGCGCAAGCAAAUUCACACCACUUGUAUUAAUCCCAGAGGAAAGCCAACGACACUGUUAUCUCUGUAAAUCGAGGUCCCAGUCAGUCCUACAGAUUAUUCAGAAGUUUCAGGAAAUUACCAAGAUUACGCGUGGUGCUAUAAAGAAGAGAUACAUGAGAUUUGAGUAAUGGUAAAUAAGAUAUAUUAAUGACGUUUAUGUUACUUUUAUCCAAUGGAGAAUGUUUAUACAUAAGUUGAUUAUGUAAAAAAGAUAUAAACAGAUGUUUAUGGAUUUAAUUGAUAGUUCUUGUAAAUAUAAAAACUAAAGAUAUCUAGAAAAAAACUUAAAAAUACAUAUAUUAGCACAUCACGAUGUGUAAACAAAUCUUAUGUCAAAGGUUUAAUAUAAAAAUAAAACCAGAGGAAAAUUUAAAGAAAAAAAGUUUUUGAAAAGUAUAGAUUUAAGAAAAUCAUGAUCAAAGUAUGUAAUUUACUUCACUACCACGAAAUCCUUUAAAUGUUAUUGGUCAGAAAACGCAUAUAUCUAUUCAACUCACCAUAUUAUCUAGUAUCCAUGUAUGUUAUACCCCAACCGAUUCGUUCGACAAACUUAUUAAAAAGCACAUUUAAAUGGUUUAUUUGUAAUGCUCUGGAAAUCAUAUAUCACCAACGCCAAUAAAAUCGGUUGUAAUCCCGUAAUUUGAAUUAAAUACUUCAAAAAGCACAUUUUGGUGAGGCUAAAAUUUCGUGGGUUUUCAUGGACAGUAUGGAUAGAUAAAACCACCGAAAUAUGAUUUAAACCAUCUGAUCAGGGCUUCGUUACUAUUUUAUGCUGAACAUAGCAGCAUGGUGACCAAGUCAUGGGCAGAUGAUUAUUAUCAGAUUGGAAAUCAUUUAAUAUUAAAAAUUCAUUUUGAAAUUUCUACAGUUUGUGGAGAGUUUGCUGAUGAAGACUACCCAUGAAAUCGACGAAUAUUAAUACCCCCACGAAAUUUAUUAUUUUACAAUAAAACAUAAUACGCAUUGUACAUUUCUAUUGUUAAGAAUUCUUCUUAAACUCCCGUUCAUGUGCCCUUAAUCACAAAUUUGCUACUAUAGCCUAUACUGUGUUGUCCCGUUGUAAAAUUAGGUUGUAAUUUUAUUCAUUGAAUUUUAAUGUUAUGAACUUUUCAUCUUACAUUGUAAAUAUAUACACAAGUUAAAUGUAGAUGUACAGAAAGUAUUUUUUUCAUUAUUUUGUUGUCAUCAUUUCGAUAUUAACAGUAUGUGUAUGUACGUUUCACGACUAGUUGUAUAUUUAUACUUGCAAUACUAUCUAAAAAGAAUCUAUUGUACGUGUUGUAUUUGUAAAUGAAUGUCAAAAUAUAAUUUAUAUCAAAAAA